AUGGUGAACCAAAAUGGUGGUGGGGGUGGUAAGGAUGAAGAUGCCAAAUAUAUGUUUGAUAGGAUAGGGCAACAAGUGCACGACGAAGUGAAGAAUGGUGAGGCUAAGAAUUAUGUUAGUGAAUUGGAAGGAAAGUUGUCAUUUGCAUCAAUUUUGGGGGAAACAGGUGGCUUUUAUAAAACGUGCGACAUUAUAAAAAAUGAAGGUGAGAAACUUCUUCGUGCUCGCGAUGAUCCGUGCGGAAAUGGAAGUGCAAGUGAUAAACGUUUUUCUAAAGAAAGUGGCGGUGAAUGUGAUGAUAAGAAAAUAGAAGGUAAUAAAAACAAUAGUGAAGGUGGAGCCUGUGCUCCAUAUAGACGGUUAUCUCUAUGUAACAAAAAUAUGGAAAAAAAGGGAACAACGAAAAUCAAGGAUAAAAAUGAUUUGCUGGCAGAAGUGUGUAUGGCAGCAAAUUACGAGGCACAGUCAUUAAUACCUUAUCAUGACAAAUAUAAAUUAACUUAUGGUGAUUCUAAAAUAUGUACUGCCCUUGCACGAAGUUUUGCGGAUAUAGGAGAUAUUGUGAGAGGAAAAGAUCUGUAUCGUGGUGGUGGUAGGGGAAGAAAACAAUUAGAAGAAAAUUUACAAAAAAUUUUUGGGAAUAUAUAUGACAAAUUAUUAGAGGAGAACCGGAGGAAUGGGAAGAACAGGGAGAUAGAAAAACGCUACGAAGGUGAUAAAGAAAAUUAUUUUUUUAAAUUACGAGAAGAUUGGUGGACUGCGAAUCGCGCCACAGUGUGGGAAGCUAUCACGUGCAGCGACAGGCUAGGGGGUAAUGCAUAUUUUCAUGCAACGUGCGGUGAGAGUAGAAGACCAUCUCAAGCUCAAAACCAAUGCCGCUGUAGCGACAAGCCAAAGGCCAUCAAGGCAGGUGGCAACGUAAGUAUUGUCCCCACAUAUUUUGACUACGUGCCGCAGUAUCUUCGGUGGUUCGAGGAAUGGGCAGAAGAUUUUUGUAGGAAAAAAAAAAAAAAAGUACAAAAUUUGGAACAACAAUGUCGUGGACAAGAUAUAAGUGGUAACCAACGAUAUUGUAGCCGUAAUGGCUACGAUUGCGAAAAAACUAAACCAGCGAUUGGUAGAUUGCGUAUGGGUAAAGGUUGCACUGACUGUUUUUUUGCAUGUAAUCCUUACAUUGAUUGGAUAAAUAACCAACGAAAACAAUUUGACAAACAAAAAAACAAAUACGAAACAGAAAUAUCAGGUGGUGGUGCUAGUGGUAGUAGUAGGCAAAGACGAGUUGCACGUGGUGGUAGUAAUGUUGAUGGAUAUGAAAGUAAAUUUUAUAAAAUACUUAAAGACGACUAUGAAACCGUUGAUGGUUUUUUGGAAUUAUUAAAUAAAGAAAAAACAUGCACAAAAAAAUUGAAGGAUGACGACGAAGACGAAGGAACAAUUAAUUUUAAAACCGUUAAUAGUAGAGGUGGUGAUGGUAGUAAUAAAACGUUUUAUCGUUCAAAAUAUUGCCAACCCUGUCCUCUAUGUGGAGUGAAAAAGAAUGAUAAUGGUAUUGGAUGGGAAGAGAAAAAUGAUAGUGAAGAAUGCAAGAGUAUAAACCUUUAUAAGCCUAUAAACCCAGAUAACGGUACUAAGAUUGAAAUCCUUAAAAGUGGUGAAGGAAAAGAAGAAAUAAAAAAAAAAUUAGAGGCGUUUUGCGAUCAAAUAAAUCGUGUUACAACAAAUGCUGCUAGUGGUGGCGCUGGUGGUAGUGGUAGUAAAAGUGAUAGUAAGGAACUGUAUGAAGAAUGGACAUGUUAUCACGUUAAACAGCUGGAGAAAGAAAAUAAAGAAAAUGGUGUGAAUGACGACGACUAUAACAACGAUGUAACAACUGGAGGCGGAUUAUGUAUAUUGGAAACGACGAACGGCUUAAAUGUGCAAAAACAAAAGACAUUCCAUAAUUUUUUUUACUAUUGGGUAGCACAUAUGUUAAAAGAUUCCAUAUAUUGGAGAACAGAAAAACUUGAGAGAUGUUUAAAAAAUGGUAAUCCUAUGAAAUGUAGAAAUGGAUGCCAUGGUAAAUGUGAUUGUUUUAAAAGAUGGAUUGAUAAAAAAGAAAAAGACGAAUGGGACAAAAUAAAAGAACAUUUUGGCAACCAAGAAGAUUUUAAGAAUAAAGGAGAAAGUGGCGAAGGUGACAUGUUUGGCAGAGCAUUUAGAUCUCCUGAUGUUGUUCUUGAAGGUGUUUUGAGAUUAGAAUUUGCGAAUGAAAAUUCCAAAGAAGAUGCCGAAAAUAAUGUGAGUGCAGAGGAGGCAAAGGAAAUAAGACACCUUCGCGAUAUCAUUGAAAGUGAAGAAAAUCAAGGAGACGAAGCCGAUGCCUCCGGCACUGGAAAAAAAACUUUAAUGGAUAAAUUGAUCAACUACGAAAGAGGAGAGGCCAAAAAAUGCUUAGAAACCCACACAAGUGACACCUGUCCCAAACCACCAAAACCACCACCCUCCACCGACAAAUAUGCCGGCCGCUCCGACCCACCACGUGUCGGACCAUCACGUGACCCCAACGACCCACAUGCUGGUAGUGGCGAUGAAGACGAAGAAGAAGAAGAAGAAGAAGAAGAGGAGGAGGAAGGCGAAAACACCACAGUGGAACACACAGAGACAACCGCAGAGACACAACCAGCAGCACCAACAGUAACAGUAGACGUCUGCGACACAGUGAAAAACGCACUCGAUGACAUGGGCAGUCUCACACAGGCAUGUAACCAAAAAUAUAGCGCACCCAACAGAUAUUGGGGAUGGAGGUGUGUCACACCAAGUGGAAAACCUAGUGACACCGGUAGUGUUCCUACCACUCGUAGUAGUGGUGACACCACCACUGGUGGUGAAAGUGGUGCUGAAGCCAAAAGUCGUCACAAACGUGAAGCACCAAGUGGUCCCGCCUCCACCGCUUCCGCGUCCGUCAACUCGGGCAAUACCGCCACCACUGGCAAAGACGGAGCCACCGGUGGUUUGUGUAUCCCACCCAGGAGGCGAAAACUAUAUGUGGGGAAAUUGGAAGAGUGGGCGAGUGACGAGGCCACGAAGGCGAAGUCACAAACGGGUGGUGGAAGUGAGUCACCAAGUGAUGGCAAACCUGCGUCACAAAAUGAUGGCAAACCUGGUGCAUCCACUUUGUCCGCCGCGUCGACAGAGCCGUCACAGACGUCUCUCCUCCGCGACGCCUUCAUCAAAUCUGCUGCGAUUGAAACUUUUUUCUUAUGGGAUAGAUACAAAAAGGAAAACACGAAGACACAAAGUGUUGGGUCACCACUAGGUGGAGUUGGAGUUCCUGGAGCCGGACCACAACUACAAACCCUCCCCUCCAUCGAUGGUGCCCUCUCCCCUAGUGGUACCCUUGAACCCAACGACCCCAAUAACAUAUAUAGUGGAAAAAUCCCCCCCGAUUUCUUGAGAUUAAUGUUUUAUACAUUAGGAGAUUAUAGAGAUAUAUGCAUAGGUGAUGACACCAUGAUUAAGGCGUUAAAAGCUAGUGGUGAUAACAAUAUCGAGACAAUAAAAGAAGCUAUAGAUAAAAUUUUAAAUAGUGGUAACAAAGAAAAUAGUGUCCCCCCACAAACUAGUGACAAAAACCCCGGCCAAACACCACAAAACUGGUGGGAUGAUAAUGCAAAAUAUAUUUGGAAAGGGAUGAUAUGUGCACUGACAUAUGACACAGAUAGUGGCGCAAUAGGACAACCACCACAAGUGGAUCCGCAAGUGAAACAGGCACUUUUGGAUACAACCGGCAACAAACCCCAAAGCAACAAAUACCAAUACAACACCGUCACACUUAAAGAUGAAAGUAGUGAGACCCAAGACAAAACCAACGAAUCCACCUCCGCAGCCUCUAGUGAUACCCCCACCCUUGACUCCUUCAUCAAGCGACCCCCCUACUUCCGAUACCUUGAAGAAUGGGGUCAAAAUUUUUGUAAAGAAAGGAAGAAAAGAUUGGAGAAGAUAGAGGAGGAGUGUAAAGUAGAAAAUGGUGGUAAAAAACAGAACCCAAAAUGUAGUUGUUAUGGGGAGGAUUGUGACAAUAUUUUUAGUCAGAAAUAUAAUAUUCUUCCGUCUUUUAAUUGUCGUGAUUGUGGAAAAUAUUGUACAUUUUAUAAAAGGUGGAUAAAUGGGAAAAAAACGGAAUAUGAUGAACAACAAAAAAUAUAUAAGAAACAAAAAGGCAACUGUAAAAAGGAAAGUGCGGGUGCUACGGAAUUUUGUGGAACACUAGAAAGUCGCCCUGAAGCUAAAGACUUUUUACAAAAUUUAGGAUCAUGUAAAAAGGAUAUUGAUAAUGGAGAAGACAAUAAAAUAAAUUUUAAUGAUAAAGAUAAAACAUUUGGACCUUCUCCAAAUUGUAAACCAUGUUCUCAAUUUACUGUUGAUUGUAAAAAUGGUAAAUGUAAGAGUAGUCUAAAUAGGAAGUGCCAAGGUAACAUUACUGUUGAUACGUUUGAUACAAUGGGAGAAGAACCUCAGGAAGUUGUUAUGCGUGUCAGUGAUAGCAAUACAAAUGGAAAUAAAUUUAAUGAUUUAAACGAUUGUAAAAAUGCAGAUAUUUUUAAAGGUAUUAGAAAAGAACAAUGGAAAUGUCGUAAUGUAUGUGGUUAUGUUGUAUGUAAACCGGAAAACGGUACUGCGGAUACCCAUGGUAACAAAUAUAUACAAAUUAGAGCAUUGAUGAGACGUUGGGUAGAACAUUUUUUAGAAGAUUAUAAUAGAAUUAAACAUAAAAUUUCACAUUGUACUAAUAAUAAUGAACAAUCUCCAUGUAUAAAUGGAUGUCAAAAUAAAUGUAAUUGUGUGAAAGAAUGGAUAGAGAAGAAAAAAGAAGAAUGGGGAAAAAUACAAGAACGUUUCAAUGAGCAAUAUAAAAGUGAAAAUUCAGGUGAUACUUUUCCAGUGAGAAGUUUUUUGGAGGGCUUGAUACCUCAAAUUGCUGUUACAGACGUUAAAAAUGAGGUUAUAAAAUUAAGUAAGUUCGGUAAUUCUUGUGGAUGUAGUACCAGUGCCAGUUCAGAAAAGAGUAAAGAGGAUCCUAUAGAAUGUUUGCUUGACAAGCUUGAAGAAAAAGCAACAUCUUGUAAAGACAAAAAUAGUGACAAACAAACAAAAGCAUCCUGUGAAGAAUCCACCCCCCCUGAUGAUGAGGACUUACUCCUUGAAGAGGAAGAAAACCCAAAAAAUAUGCGACCGGGAUUUUGUCCAACACCAGAACCAGAACGAGAACUGGAUGAAGGCAAGUGUGAAGAAGCAUCAUCCCCUGUUGUACCCGAACAACCUGCAAAAGAAGAAAGUGGCGCCCCUCCAGCACCACCAGCAACAGAUAGUGGUAAGGAAACCAACAACGAAGACACCCCUGCCCCCGAAGCCGGACCCCCCGCACCGGCGCCUCCAUCAACACCAGAAUCACCAUUAGCCCCUUCUGACGAAUCCAUCCUACAUACUACCAUUCCUUUUGGAGUGGCGUUGGCAUUAGGAUCCAUUGCUUUUUUAUUUUUGAAGAAAAAAACCAAAUCUACUAUUGAUCUUUUGCGUGUCAUUAAUAUCCCCAAAAGUGAUUAUAAUAUACCGACAAAACUUUCACCCAAUAGAUAUAUACCUUAUACUAGUGGUAAAUACAGAGGAAAACGGUACAUUUACCUUGAAGGAGAUAGUGGAACUGAUAGUGGUUACACCGAUCAUUAUAGUGAUAUAACUUCAUCUUCCGAAAGUGAAUAUGAAGAAAUGGAUAUCAAUGAUAUAUAUGUUCCUGGUAGUCCUAAAUAUAAAACAUUGAUCGAAGUAGUACUUGAACCUAGUGGUAACAACACAACAGCUAGUGGUAACAACACACCAACUAGUGGUAAAAACACAACAGCUAGUGAUACACAAAAUGAUAUACAAAGUGAUGAUACACCUAGUAGUAAAAUUACAGAUAAUGAAUGGAAUACAUUGAAAGAUGAAUUUAUAUCACAAUAUAUACAAAGUGAACAACCAAAUGAUUAUAAAAGUGGAAAUAGUUCAACAAAUACCAAUAUUACUACCACGUCACAUCAUAAUGUGGAAGAAAAACCUUUUAUUAUGUCCAUACAUGAUAGAAAUUUAUAUACUGGAGAAGAAUACAAUUACGAUAUGAGUAAUAAUAGUGGUAUAUAUCCAAGUAGUAGUAACCGUGAUUCAUUAAGUGGUACAAAAGUUCCAUAUAGUGGUAUAGAUUUAAUUAAUGAUUCAUUAAAUAGUGGUAAUCAACCUAUUGAUAUAUAUGAUGAAGUUUUGAAAAGAAAAGAAAACGAAUUAUUCGGGACAGAACAUCACCCAAAACGUACAACAAUUAACCGUUUCGCCAAACCUACACGUGACGACCCCAUCCACAACCAACUGGAACUAUUCCAUAAAUGGUUAGAUAGACAUAGAGAUAUGUGCGAGAAGUGGAAUAAUAAAGAGGAACUAUUAGAUAAAUUAAAAGAAGAGUGGGAAAAUGAGACACAUAGUGGUAACACUCACCCUAGUGAUAGUAACAAAACGUUGAAUACUGAUGUUUCUAUUCAAAUACAUAUGGAUAAUCCCAAAACUACAAAUGAGUUUACAUAUGUGGAUAGUAACCCCAACCAAGUGGAUGACACCUACGUGGAUAGUAACCCUGACAAUUCUUCUAUGGAUACUAUCUUGGAGGAUCUGGAUAAAUAUAAUGAACCUUAUUAUGAUGUACAAGAUGAUAUUUAUUAUGAUGUACAUGAUCAUGAUACAUCAACUGUGGAUAGUAAUGCUAUGGAUGUUCCUAGUAAAGUACAAAUUGAAAUGGAUGUAAAUACGAAAUUGGUGAAAGAGAAAUAUCCUAUAGCAGAUGUAUGGGAUAUAUAA